CUGUCCACUCAAAUUUUUCUAUUCUAUCUGACAUAGAGCUUUUAGUCUUUUUCUUCCAAUAAACUUGGAUAUUCCAGGUUCCAAUUCUAGUUCCACACUUUAUUUGUUCCAUCUUAAUUCAUUCAGGAAUCUGACAGCAGCUACUUGGCAGUUUGGUCUUGGAAUCUAGACCAAUGAAUAGUAGGAUCCUUUCUAGUCGUCUUAAUUCACAAUCUGUUUACUGCAGCACUGUCAAUGCAUAUAACCUAUAUCUAUUAUAAAGGCAACCUAUUCCACUUCUAAUUGCCAAUAAUCAGUGCAUUCAACUACAAAAUGAAAGAUGAUAGUGUGCCAUGUUGCCAGCCUGCAUUUUGGGCGUAUCUUGUCCUAUGUUUCAUUCUUCUGUCACUUGCAGGUAUCACAUCAGGCCUUGCUCUAGGCCUCUUGUCUUUGAGCCAAGUUGAUCUUGAAGUCCUUAUCAAGGCCGGUAAACCUCAAGACCGAAAAAAUGCAGCAAAGAUUCUGCCAAUUGUAAGGAACGAGCAUUUACUACUGUGUACACUCCUCAUAGUCAAAUCACUAGCAAUGGAGGCACUGCCGAUUUUCCUGGACACAAUUCUUCCAGCUUGGGCUGCCAUUAUCAUGUCAGUCACUCUUGUACUUGCAUUUACAGAGAUCAUCCCUCAAGCUGUGUGUUCUCGGCAUGGACUAAGUCUUGGUGCUAAUUUAUCUCCCUUGGUUCGACUUCUUCUGCUGUCCUUGUAUCCUUUAGCAUACCCAAUUAGCAAACUCCUAGAUUGGCUGCUAGGAAAAGGGCAUUCUGCACUCUUAAGACGGGCAGAGCUGAAGACAUUAGUGGAUUUACAUGCCAAUGAGGCAGGGAAAGGUGGAGAUUUGUCACAUCAUGAGACUACUAUUAUUUCUGGUGCCUUGGAUUUGACACAGAAGACUGCUAAAGAUGCUAUGACGCCAAUAUCUGAAACCUUUUGUUUAGAUAUUAAUUCCAAGCUAGAUAUGCACACAAUGGGAUUAUUAAUGAGCAAAGGACACAGUCGUAUACCCAUCUAUUCCGGGAGUCCAGAAAAUGUUAUCGGCAUCAUUCUGGUAAAAAAUUUGAUCUUCUGCCGUCCUGAAGAUGAAACCCCAGUCAAACAUAUGAAUAUCAGAAGAAUCCCGAGGGUCUAUGAAGAUUGGCCACUGUAUAAUAUACUGACUCAGUUCCAGAAGGGUCACAGCCACAUGGCUAUUGUUGUAAAGAGCAAGGAGGAUGUGAAAAUCACUGUUGACAAUAAAGUAGGCCAGCCUACUACUAUCUUGCAUAUUGACACGAAUUCAAAUUCAGUACCAAUACAAGCAGACAGGAAGGAUAAACAUUAUAACGGAAUUAGUUCUCCAUGUGAUCAGAAUGCAAGUAUUAGUAUAUCCACAAAUACUUCCCCUCCGAGUUCAAACAACACAGAAUUCCAUAGUCCAUCAUUUAAGAGUGUAAUUGAACAGGAUCAAGAUUUGCAUCAACAUGGUAAAAACUGGGAGCAAGGAAUUGGAGAUAUUUCAUAUGAAGAUCUAGAAACUGUUCCAGGUAACUUGGACGAAGAAAUUAUUGGUAUUAUAACAAUGGAAGAUGUCAUGGAGGAACUGCUUCAGGGAGAGAUACUGGAUGAAACUGAUGAAUAUGUAGCUGUCCAUAACAAAAUUAGAAUCAACCUGCUAUCUUCAAGAACAUCAGCUGGAUCUACUGGAAGAAUUUCUGUUUCUGCUAAUCUUCAUCCGAUAACUGAGCGAUCACCACUUUCUACAUACACUCCCAUACUCCGUUCACCCAUACCUCCAUAUGUUCAGUCACCACUUGAAAGACCAACUUUAUAUGCUUCUCCUGAAAAUUCUGCAAUACUUUAAUUGUUCAGCUGGGUUUGCUGGAAUCAUGAGAACUAAUUAAGACAGUCUAGUGAUAGAGGGAGCAGUUGGAGAAUAAUUGAGUAAUCACUAGUUAAUUGCUGACGUAAUAUGUUAAAUCCUCUUACAGAAUUGAAAUUUGGAGUAAGAUAGCAGAAUGUUCAUGUAAUUUGAAAUUGGUGGUCGAAUAGCCUGAUCUAUUAGUGCUUUUUUCCUUUUUCUGAGGUAUAGCAUUUGGAGAAUAUUCCCUUAGCUUGAUGCUGUUCUGCGAGGCAUGUUGAUCUUCAA